GGUUGGGGGGACGGGGACGCUUUAAAUUCCAGACGUGGAAUGGGGAGAGAUGCAGAGCUGAGCUUCAGACCCGCUGACAACUCUUGAGAUCCAGACUGGACCAGUACCCGGCUUCCACAAUGUUCUCCCUGGUGGUGCUGAUGAUUUUGGGGUCCCUGAGCAAAGAAGCCUGGUCGUGUGUAUGCGGCCCCCGUCACCCCCAGACCGUCUACUGUGACUCACCAAUCGUGUUUCGGGCAAAGUUCGUCGGGCAGAAAGACAGCGUGGUGCGGGAGCACUGGAGGGAGUUCGAGGUGAAAGCCACCAAGAUUUUCAAGGCUCCUAAAGAAUUCGACGACAUCCAGUUCUUGUACAGCCCCAAGUCGGACGGCCUGUGCGGCUACGAGCACCCCUCCACCAACAAGAGCGAGGAGUUCCUGGUCGCCGCGACCAUCGUAGAUGGCAAGGCGUACAUCACCAGCUGCAGCUUCGUGGUGCCAUGGGCCACCCUGACCAUGGGCCAGAAGAGGGGAUUCCUGCAGGUGUAUGCCAAGCACUGCGACUGCAAGAUUAAGCAGUGCUUCGGCCUGCCGUGCCAGGUGGACAACGACCUCCAGUGUCUCUGGACCGACCCCUUGAUGAGGAAGAAGUCUCUGUACGCCAGUCAUCAGGCCGCGACCUGGGCCUGUGUGAACAAGGGCGAAGGUCUGUGCAUCUGGAACAGCUUGAAGUCUCGCACGUACGACACAACCACCAGCAGCAACACCGCGGCCUGAGAACGACUGCGUCACCGGGGCGCCGACCACCACUCCUGGCCCCCACCAAGUCACAUGACAUCCCUGUAGCUCACCGGACCCAACCAGGGCGCUAAACCGCACAGAGCGACCGAGGAGCAGAACCUCUGCUGUUAGUGAGCGCCACCCUGUGCACCAAGUGCUACCGUCACCGGAUCUCACUGCUUUAUAUGUAUUAUACUGUUUAAUAAAUGUUUAUAGGAUUUUUGUA